AUGGAAGAAGGUUCAGAGACUGAAAAGCGGGGAUGGAUGAAAACAAAGACAGCAUUGAUGGAGGAGAUGAAGAGAAUGAGCACUAUAGCAGCGCCAAUGGUGGUGGCUAUUGUGUUACAAUAUCUUCUGCAAGUUAUACCGGUGGUAAUGGUUGGCCAUCUUGGCCAGCUCUCACUUUCAAGUGUUGCUAUUGCAAUCUCUAUCACCAACGUUUCUGGUUUUAGUGUUUUUUCAGGUUUGGCUGGUGGAUUGGAAACUUUAUGUGGCCAAGCUUUCGGAGCAGAACAAUAUGAAAAAUUUGGACUCUAUACCUACACUGCUGUGAUAUCCCUCACUAUGGUUUCUGCACCAAUCAGUGUUCUAUGGAUUUUCUUGGACAAAGUGUUAAUUCUCUUAGGCCAAGACCCAACAAUCUCCCUUGAAGCUCGUAAAUAUGCCAUUUGGCUAAUACCUGCACUAUUUGGUUCAGCAAUUCUUAAACCUCUAACACGAUUUUUCCAGACUCAGAGUUUAAUUUUUCCAUUGCUUCUAAGCUCUUCUCUAGUUUUGUGCUUCCACAUAGUAACUUGUUGGAGUCUAGUAUUUAAAUUGGGGUUAGGACAUGUUGGUGCUGCAAUAGCCUUCAGCCUAUCAACUUGGUUUAAUGCAAUACUUCUUCUGUCCUUUGUGAAGUAUUCCUCUGCCUGUGAGAAAACACGUAUCCCAUUUUCGAAGAAGGCUUUCCAUAGUAUAGGAGAGUUCUUUCGCUUUGCUGUCCCAUCUGCAGCAAUGAUUUGUCUUAAAUGGUGGGCAUGUGAGUUGCUUGUUUUGCUGGCUGGACUUUUUCCAAAUCCAAAGUUGGAGACAUCAGUUCUGUCUAUAUGCUUGACAAUCUCUACAUUGCACUUCACCAUACCCUAUGGGCUUGGGGCUGUUGCUAGCACGAGAGUUUCAAAUGAACUAGGAGCUGGGAAUCCAAAAGCAGCACGUUUGGCUGUUUCAGCAGCUAUGGUACUUGCCGUUACAGAGGCUCUGAUUGUAAGUGCAACCCUAUUCGGCUGCAGAUAUAUAUUGGGUUAUGCCUAUAGCAAUGAUAGUAUGGUUGUUCAUUACUUGGCUGUUAUGACCCCUCUGCUAUGUCUCUCAGUUUUUAUGGACAGCUUGCAAGCACCUCUUUCAGGGGUUGCUAGGGGAAGUGGGUGGCAACAUGUUGGAGCCUAUGUGAAUCUUGGAGCGUUUUAUCUGGUAGGAAUUCCUAUAGGUGCCGUGCUUGGCUUCGUUGUACAUUUCAGAGCAAAGGGCCUUUGGAUUGGAAUAGUCAGUGGCUCCAUUGUCCAAUCAAUUUUUCUUUGCCUCAUUACUGCUUUCACAAAUUGGAAAAAACAGGCCGUGAUGGCAAGGGAGAGAAUAUUUGAUGCCACAUCUUCGGAUGAAAAUGGAGCAAAUCACAUAACGGGUGCUUCAUGUUAA